CAGGGUCUUCUUAAGUUCUUCACCAACGUUUUACCGAUUGAAGAGCGACUUGUCGCUUUGAGUUUCAAGUCACCAGUGGCUUGGUUCUCCUUGGUCUUCUCCUAUUCGGCUCCAAAGUUUGCUCUUCAUUUCCAAUUUCCGCUUAAGUUAGUUCCUUCUUCUUGCCAUCAUGUCGUCGUCUGCACCGGCAGCAACAACCCCAGCGGCGACAUCAGCUGCGCCAACAACAGUGGCGCCUACUUCUGUCUCUGUUUCUACCGUUCCAACCACAGUCAUAACACCCACAAUAACAACACCAACAAUAACUUCAGCAGCACCGAUUACAACUGCCUCAGCUUCAUCUUCCUCCUCCACCAAUGUACAAACGACUACCCCUACCACGAGUACAACCCCAACGACAACCUCAAUGACCUCCGUGGCAACUACAGUACCCAUCACGAUAACGUCAACGGAUCCAUACGGAUCAACAAUUACGAUCACCACCUCCGUCUCCACAACCACCUCUAUCCCUGUCGCAACUCCCACACCCACUCCCGUAAACAACUCAACCAACACCGGCGCUAUCGUAGGUGGUGUCGUCGGUGGUAUCGCUAUAAUCGCUCUCCUCGGACUCGUCUUCUUCUGCCUACGCCGUCGCAGACGUCGCGAUGAGUUCGACGGUAAUUUCGACCCCGACCGUGUCGUCUCCCAAUUCUCAGGGGGUGGAACCCUCCCCCAAGUCGACCUCGGCGAUGAAACAGAGGUCACUCCCUACCCUGACCGCAACGGAAGCAUGCGCCAGUACGGAGAAAGCCCAUUCGUCGCUGCUGGCGCGGGUGCAGCCGGACUCGGUGCGGGUGCAGCUGCAGCAGGCGCAGGUAUCCACCGCACAACCUCCCCACUCAGCUCUCCCUCCCAGUACUCCGACACCGCCACCUCUCCCGGCGAGGGGUACCCCUCUCAAGGCUUCAUACGCCCAGGCCCGGGGCAGUACCCCCAAGGCGGGCCGAACAUGUACGCAAUGCAGCAAGCAGACUGGCACAACCCACGCCCGCUCACAAGCCCCGCCCCAAGCGUCAGCAACACCUCCUCAAGCGGCCGCGGAAUGAAGGAGCGAGAAGCUGCAGCUGGUGGUGGGCGUCAGGGGCUCGCGCUCGCUACGCAGCAAGAAGUCGACGGGGAAGGUUCAGGCGUUGUUCAGCACCAAGAUGCAGGCCAGGCGCAUAGUGAGGAAGGAGGUGAAGAGCCGCGAGAUGUACCACCUGCGUAUGAGUCUAUUAGGCCUUAAACUCGCGCACGCACGCACGCUCAAAAACGCACGACCAUGAACCUGAAUCUGACUUUGCGAACCCACCCACCCCCCUACCACGUUUUAUGCGUACGCCGCGAUGGACACACCACUUUUGGACGUUCAUACGUAUGUAAAGUGGAUCGCCAUCACUAUCACCAUGAUCUUUAGACCCUUGAUUCGCUUGUUUUAUUAUUUUGACGGUUUGUUGUCGGUGUCGUUUGCGCUUGUGUUGAAUGUUGCAAGCGUGGCGGCUGAUGACGCGGUCGAUUCUUCUGUAGUGUUUUGUGUUACUUACCAGCAUACGUAUUCGUAUUUCAUGCAUGCGUUGUCAUAUCAUUUUUUCUUUCGUUCUACCCUACAUCAAUGCAAAUUGCGUAUAUAAUGUCUUUGUCGCUCACCAGCAUAGCAUAGUGUACAGCCUGGUUUGCACGUGACCAAAUAUGUAUAAACACACUCCG